AUGUCUUCCGCCGUAGCGGAGCUGGACUCGAUCUUGCAGUCCAUGCUCAAUCUCAAACCGCCCGGAGUAUCCGGUUCUAAGAUCACAUCCAUCACCACCCUGUGUACAGCAAAUGUUCAAUCCGAAUCAGUCCUCAUUCAGAAACUCUAUACCCACUUCAAGAAGACGCCAGGAACACACAAACUAGGAGUACUCUACGUUCUAGACUCAGUGACGCGACAAUGGGUAGAUCAGGCCAAAAAGUCAGGUCAACAGCUGGGUAGCGGAGCUCCUGAUGGGACCUUUGCUGCUGGUGUGACUCGAGUGACCGAACUGCUGCCCGUGCUCAUGAACGAUAUUAUCGCCACUGCGCCCGACGACCAAAAGGUCAAAAUCAAGAAACUCCUGGAAAUCUGGGAACGAUCAAACACAUUUCCUGCACCACUGCUUGCUUCACUCAAAGAGAAACUAGAUGCACCCAAAGGUAUACCAAUAUUCGCUCUUCCUCUGUACGGGCGCCAUUCUAAUCCUAAUGUAGUUUCGACCACACCCGAGGGAUCACCAGCCCCCGGUUUCGUACCACUCGGGCACGCAGCACAUACUGAUACUGUUGCAGCGAAGCCUCCUCCACAGCAACAGGACACCUCAGCCAUUCUGGAAGCCCUCAAAAACAUGGCGAAACAGAACUCUGCAGCGCAACCAGCUGCACCGGCACCCGCGCAAGCUAGUUUGAAUAAUCUCUUAGGCGCGCAAAAUGGGAUCCCUCAACCGAACAGUACCGUAAUCCCGGGAUCUGCUUCUGGUGUCGCUGGUGGGCAGGCCGUAAACCCGCUUGGAGCUCUAUUUGCUGGGUUGAAUAAUGGUGUACAAAGCCAGAGUCCUGCAAAUGUACCUGCGAAUCCGCUUGCUGCUUUCUUGCCUCAACAAGCUCCCGCUCUGGCAGUGCCACAGCCAUCUGCUCCUCUAGGCCAAGAUCCUCAAGCACAAAUGCAAUUCCAGCUUCUGCAGAUUUUGGCCGCUCAGGGUGUGCCUCCUGAUCAAUGGGCUACUGCUCUACAGUUGCUGGCAAAUGGCGGUGGUGGUGCGACUGUCCCGCCCGCUGUGUCGGGAAACAAUUGGGCUCAAGGACAAUCACGUGACGGCCAAACCCGCUCCCCUCCCAACCAGUAUCGACGUCGGUCACGCUCUCCUGGCUUCGAUAGGCGUCGCGAACUGUCUCCGCGACGUGGUCGUCGAGAUAGUCCCGGAGCUGACGGCUAUCGUAAUGACCGCGACGGUAGACGUGGUGAGUACCGCCAGCGCAGCCCGGUGAGGAAUAGACGUCGAAGCCCUUCACCUGCGGGCGAUUUCAAACUCCCUCCACCAGGCCCAAAGACCGUCCAGUUCGAUUCUACACUUCCUAGAGGCCACAUCAAAGUUUUCAGUCGAACACUCUUUGUUGGAGGUGUCACCUCGUCGGAGGCUCAUUUGCGGAGCUUGUUCAGUGCCUAUGGUAUUGUGCAAACCUGCAUUGUCAACAUCGACAAACGCCAUGCUUUCAUCAAGAUGAUCAAUCGCAAAGAUGCUGAAAGUGCCCGGGCGGGUAUGGAAGAGCACAAGUCGGGAGACAUGCAACUUCGCACCAAAUGGGGCGUUGGCUUUGGACCACGUGACUGCAGCGACUAUCAAACUGGCGUUAGCGUCAUUCCGAUCGAACGCCUCACGGAUGCCGAUCGCAAAUGGCUCCUCACCGCCGAAUAUGGCGGGACGGGUGGAGCACCAAUCCAAGAAGGCAUGGUGGUUGAGGAGCCCGACAUCGAAAUCGGUGCUGGUGUUUCCUCCAAAGCCAUGAGUAGACGUAUUGCUACCGACAGUGGUGGACGACGAGGCCCACAGUCUUCUCGCAACUUUGAGGGUCGUGACGACAACAGAUUUAGAGAUAGCAAUCGCCGAGAUCGAGACGACCGAAACUCCAACAACCCGAACAAUAUGCCAGUUGGUGUCAUGCCAAACAUGCCCUUUCCCAUGAAUUUCAGCAACAUGCCUGGCAUGCCUGCCUUCCCACCUGGGUUUCAGCUGCCCAACUUCCAGCCGCAACAGAACCAAGAAUAG